AUGGUGAAGAAGAUAUCAGAAGAAAGCGUAGACAGUGGUGUCGGCCUCUGCAGCAGCCAGUCCGGCAGCGAGCGGGAGUCGGACGAGGGCGCGCGGAACGCGGAGCCGUCUGCGCCGGUCGCGAUCGCCGACAGCGAGGAGUUGCAGCGCCGCAAGGAGGAGGCGCGCAGGAAGCGCCGCAGGAAGAAGCGCUCCGGCAGCUCCGUUGUCACCUCGUGCUUCCAAGACCUUUACAAGCUGACGGGCGAGGUGUUGGGCGAGGGCGCUUACGCGUCCGUGCAGACGUGCGUGAACAUCUACACUGGGCGGGAGUUUGCGGUGAAGAUCAUAGACAAGGUGCCGGGACACGCCCGUGCGAGGGUGUUCCGCGAGGUGGAGACAUUCCACUACUGCCAGGGACACCCCAACAUAAUCCAGCUCAUUGAAUUCUUCGAGGACACCGACAAGUUCUAUCUUGUCUUUGAAAAGAUCAACGGCGGCCAGCUCCUGUCCCGCAUACAAGAGCACCACUACUUCUCGGAGCCGCAGGCGGCGGAGAUCGUUCGCGAGCUAGCCAACGCGCUCCACUUCCUCCACGGCAAGGGCGUGGCCCACCGCGACUUGAAGCCGGAGAACAUCCUGUGCGUGCACCGCGACCGCCUCUGCCCCGUGAAGAUAUGCGACUUCGAUUUGGGCAGCGGUAUUAGCUUCACGUCGAGCUUGGCCAGCCCGCUGGCCACGCCACAGCUAAUGACGCCGGUUGGCAGCGCUGAAUUCAUGGCGCCCGAAGUGGUGUCCCUGUUCGCCGGCUCUGCGGCGACCCACUACGACAAGCGCUGCGACCUGUGGUCGCUCGGUGUGAUCGCCUACAUCUUGCUCUGCGGCUACCCGCCCUUCCGCGCCGACUGCGGCAACGACUGCGGCUGGGAGCGUGGCGAGAACUGCCGCGCCUGCCAGGAGCUGCUCUUCACCACCAUACAGGAGGGCCGCUACACGUUCCCCGAGGAGGAGUGGGCGAACAUCUCGUGGGAGGCGAAGGAGCUGAUCGGGCAGCUGCUCGUGCGCGAGGCGUCGCACCGCCUCAGCGCCGAGCGCGUGCUGCAGCACCCCUGGCUGCGGCGGGCGGACCCCGCCGACUGCGCUGCGGCGCCCCUGCACACGCCGCGCAACAUGCAGCGUAACAUGUCGGCGCGCAACUUGUCCAACUUCGCGGAGUCCGCCAUGGCGGUGAACAGAGUGAUCCAGCAGCACUUCUCCAUGAACUACUCGUACAUGGAGCGGCCGACCGCCGCGCUGCGCUCCAGCAAGUCGUGCCACCCGAGCCCGGACAUUAUCGAGGACGAGCUGGAGAGGGCGGGCGUGGCCCUGCAGAGGAUGUGCGCGGCGGAGGAGUACUGCCCACCGUUGGGACUGUCCCCGCCCACCGAGUCCCAGCUUCUCCGCCGCCGCCUGCAGCAGCCGACCGAGAAGUCCGUGCAAGUGCAU